AUGUGGAAGCCGCUGGCAGCAUCAGAGUUGCCAGCAAUGUGGAUUACAGUCUGCAGCGUGUCUCUGCUCAUCACUGUGGUCUGCGGUGCGCAAAGCGCAAACGAACCCAGCAACAUGUCCUACGUAAAAGCGACUGUUGACAAGUUGCUGAAGGGCUAUGACAUUCGUCUGCGGCCUGAUUUUGGAGGAGCUCCGGUGGAUGUGGGAAUGAGAAUAGACAUCGCCAGCAUUGACAUGGUGUCUGAAGUCAACAUGGACUACACCAUCACCAUGUAUUUCCAGCAGUCUUGGAGAGAUAAGCGGCUGUCCUAUACAGGCAUUCCCCUAAACCUGACCCUGGACAACCGGGUGGCUGACCAGCUCUGGGUUCCUGACACCUACUUUAUUAAUGACAAGAAGUCUUUUGUCCAUGGGGUGACUGUCAAGAACAGGAUGAUCCGACUACACCCUGACGGAACUGUGCUUUACGGCCUCAGGAUCACCACGACAGCCGCCUGCAUGAUGGACCUUCGCAGAUACCCGCUGGAUGAGCAGAACUGCACCUUGGAGAUCGAGAGCUAUGGAUACACCACAGACGACAUUGAGUUUUACUGGCAGGGAGGAAGCAAUGCGGGGUCAGUCACUGGAGUGGAGAACAUUGAGCUGCCUCAGUUUUCCAUCAUUGAUUACCAAACCCUGUCCAAGAAAGCCGUGUUUGCCACAGGUUCGUAUCCACGACUGUCACUGAGUUUUAAACUCAAGAGGAAUAUUGGCUAUUUCAUUCUGCAGACUUACAUGCCAUCCAUCCUGAUCACCAUCUUGUCCUGGGUCUCCUUCUGGAUAAAUUACGAUGCGUCGGCUGCCAGAGUGGCUUUAGGUAUAACCACGGUGCUGACCAUGACCACCAUUAACACCCACCUGAGGGAGACCCUGCCAAAGAUCCCCUACGUCAAGGCCAUUGACAUUUAUCUCAUGGGCUGCUUUGUCUUUGUGUUUCUGGCCCUGCUGGAGUAUGCCUUUGUUAACUACAUCUUUUUUGGCCGUGGUCCUCACCUACAGAAGAAAGCAGCGGAAAAGGCUGCUAAGUCCAACAAUGAGAAUAAGGGUCGACUGGAGAGCAGUAAAGUGCAGGUCGACGCUCAUGGCAACAUCCUUCUGACAAACCUCCCCACUGAGAUAGGGGGACCAGAUAUGAUGGGCGCCCUCAACGAUCCUCGGGCCACCAUGUUCUCCUACGACAGUGCCAGCAUACAGUACCGCAAGCCCAUGACGAGCCGGGACCUGUAUGGACGGCCAGCCCUCGACCGGCCAAUUGGACACAAGAAAAGCCGCCUGCGGAGGAGAGCCUCACAGCUGAAAGUCAAGAUCCCGGAUCUCACAGACGUCAAUGCCAUAGACAAGUGGUCCCGGGUCGUCUUCCCGAUCACAUUCACCUUCUUCAACUUGGUCUACUGGCUGUAUUACGUCCACUAGGGCAGCGGUUGUGAGCAUGAGCAGUAGAUGAUGGGUACUUUUUUUUUUUGUUUGUUUCUCAAGGGAAGCUCAAUCCUGUACAGUAAUGAAAGUAGAAGAGUUCAGCCCAUUUGUACAAAUCCUCUUUUGGAACGAGUAGUUCUAGUCUUUACAGUGUAAAUACAAUUUAAUAUAUGAAAUAUAUAAAUCGAUAUAUAUAAAGACAGAGAUAUAAUUUAUUAAAAAAAUUCAAUUUUGCUGUGUACAUACAGUUAGUUAUAGAGAAAGAAGUAGUGGUGAAUUAAAGACAGUAAAGUUUUGGUAUUUACAGGUUCAAAGAUGCCAAAAACACAAUGGUGGCUUUUAUUUGUCUUCUUUUCUUUUAGCCCUCCUUUGCAUGUUAAUAGAAGUCAACUUUAGUUUGCUUCCAAUGCAAAAAACAAAAUAGAAACCGAACAGAAACACAAGGUAACUCAAACAGGAUUAAACUUGAGCUGAGUAAGGUUAUUGUGGAAAAAAAGGGACAAAACAUAAGACUGAUGCAGAGAUUAAACUCUCCAUCCAUCCUUGCAUACUUACUACAUCCAUACAUCUGUAUAGGUAACCAACCAAUCCAUCAAUCCCUCUCUCUUCUUACAAAAUCAAAGUGUUGCCAAGUCAGAAGGAAUAUAUAAUCCUUUCACUUCUAUUUCUGCCUCCAAGACUCCUCCCAGUAUGCUGUACCUGGAAAGCCUUCCAGCCGAGGCCUCCUAAUCAGAAGAUCUUAUCCUUUAGGACAUGAUCUCUAACUAAUGACCAAAGGUGAAGGUGGGAAGGUGGACCAGUAAAUCCAGAGCUUAGACUGAAGCCCAGCUCAGUUUGGUCGUCACCAUGAUAGACAGCAACAACACCUUCAUUACUCCAGGCAAAAUCUAAUCCAUCUAUUCAUUUCCUGCUCCAUCUUGCCAUCAUCUGGGACAAAGCACCAAUGUACUUCCUGUAUUCCUAGACCCAGGAUCACUGGAGUACCCAGGUCCCUCCAUAACAUUAAAGUGGUUCUGCUGAAGGAA